CAAAACCAACCUCCUCAGAUACGAUCACAUGGCACAGAUGGUUGCUUCUCUGCAACUACCUGUAGCUGAAAUACAGCAUUGCACAUUGAGAGCUUUUCUUUCAUACAAAACCUGGAGUCGAAGUACCCCCAGCCCCGCUAGCACCCUCCCCCAUGCUUCUCUCACACACACACAGGCUGUGGCGGAGCAGACGCUCAGCAGUGGGAUGGAUCCUGACUACUAAAGAGCAACGGAGAGAGAGGAGGGGUGGCAGGCAGCCGGCAGAGGUGCAUAAAUCCUCAUUUCCAGAUCUGGAGGAAGAAACGUUCGCUGUCUGAGGCGAGACCACCACAUUGGCUUUCCAAAACACCAAGAGGCAGCGCUCCCCGCGAAUCCAGGAGAGACUGGGAACCCAGCUGAGGCUGUCAAACGCAGAGGUGGGAUAGGAGGUCUAUGACCCUUGAUUUUCAGCAGGGGAGUGGCACAGGGGGACGUAGCCGGCGACGAGCAACAGACGCUCGGCUCUUGUAAUCUUCCCAUUCACGAAUCCAUUCCAUGGCAUUGUCAUAGCGAUGUAAAGCCAUUCAGUGCCGACCGGAGGAGGCACGCUCCAAUCAACUGUUCUCGCCGAGCGAGAUCUUUCUGCUGUGUUUACAUUUUCCACAAUUCCUCUGUGCCUUUCGGUCUCCCUUCACUUCUUUGUGCUUUGUCCCUCAGAAACCGGACAGCGUCACUCCUCCAGUCUUUUCACGCGACUUGGUCUUUUUGGAGCUGUCAUUGUGUUUGGUUCUGCAUGGAAUGACAGCUGCUUUCUCAGAGACAGUGGAAGAGGUUGCAGAUGGAGUGAGGACUACCACUAAUUGAAAAGCUACCUUCAAAGACUUGCUGCUUUGUUAAAUUGCUUCAUUUGCACACUUUCUACCGAUUAUUUCAGCCUGAAACCUAGUUUUCAGUGGAUACCAAAUGACAGCCAUGAAGGGAGACUCCGAAGACAGCAUUGAAAGCACGAGGCCGUCCAGCCUCCAAGUUUUUGCCAACUCCUCCACGUUACAUGGCAUGAGCCACAUAUUCGCCUACGGGCACAUGACGUUCCGUCGCUUCCUAUGGUCGCUGUCCUUCUUGGGCUCUCUAGGUCUGCUGAUGUUUGUGUGCAUGGACCGAGUGUACUACUACUUUGAGUUCCCUCACGUCACCAAACUUGAUGAGGUGGCGGCGCCCAUCCUCACCUUUCCUGCCAUCACCUUCUGCAACCUCAACGAGUUUCGUUUCUCCAAGAUCACAAAGAAUGAUCUGUACCACGUUGGGGAGCUGCUGGCACUGCUCAACGAGAACUAUCAGAUCGCUAACCCCCACCUGGCCGAGCCGGAAGUCCUCGCUUUGUUGAAGGAAAAGGCUAAUUUUGCCAACUACAAGCCCAAGCAGUUCAACAUGAUAGAUUUCUACAACCGCACAGGCCACGAUAUCAACGAAAUGCUCUUGCAGUGCACCUUCAGAGGGGAGGAUUGCAUCCCUCCAAACUUCACCACUAUUUACACCAGAUACGGGAAAUGUUACACGUUCAACUCUGGUCUAGAUGGAAACCCGUUGUUGACGACUUUAAAAGGCGGAACGGGGAAUGGUCUGGAAAUCAUGCUGGAUAUUCAACAGGAUGAGUACUUGCCAGUUUGGGGUGACACGGACGAAACCUCAUACGAAGCCGGCAUCAAAGUUCAGAUCCACAGCCAGGAUGAGCCGCCCUUCAUAGAUCAGCUGGGAUUUGGUGUGGCCCCUGGUUUUCAAACUUUUGUGUCUUGUCAGCAGCAACUGCUCCAGUAUCUCCCUCCGCCGUGGGGUGACUGCAGAUCCGCCCCGAUGGACUCUGAAUACUUCUCCACCUACAGCAUCACAGCCUGUCGCAUCGACUGCGAGACCCGCUACCUGCUGGAAAACUGCAACUGCAGGAUGGUGCACAUGCCAGGCACCUCCACCGUCUGCACACCCGAGCAGUACAAAGACUGUGCGGAUCCAGCUUUAGAUUUUCUCGUGGAGAAGGACAACGAUUACUGCGUUUGCGAGACGCCAUGCAACAUGACUCGAUACGGUAAAGAGCUGUCCAUGGUGAAAAUACCCAGCAAAGCUUCUGCAAAAUAUCUCGCCAAGAAGUUCAACAAAACGGAACAGUACAUCGCGGACAACAUAUUGGUGCUGGAUAUCUUUUUUGAGGCUCUGAACUACGAGAAAAUUGAACAAAAGAAGGCGUAUGAAGUUGCUGGAUUACUUGGUGAUAUUGGUGGUCAGAUGGGUCUGUUUAUAGGAGCCAGUGUCUUGACAAUAUUGGAGAUAUUUGAUUAUCUGUAUGAGGUUUUCAAGGACAAAGUGCUGGGAUAUUUUCUACGCAAGAGACGGCCUCAUCGGAGCGCUAGUGACAAUCUGGAUUCCCCCGAGAUUUCCACCAGCCCUGGUGUCACGCCUAACCAUGUCCCCAGCUUUCAAGAUGGAGAUGAUGUUUUGCAGAAGUUCAGAGCACAUGCGACACACUCCGGAGUCACUCGGACAGUCUCGGAUUCGCGCCGAACGUGCUACCUAGUCACCCGGCUAUAGGCAACUUCGAGGAGUUCGCUUGUUGAUGACGCAGGCGACGGGACGGCUUAGGACACGACGGAAAACUGUGAAAUAUAUCAGAUAGACUCCAAAAGAAGUGUAAGUCCAUGAAAACGUACAUGUUAAAUAGUUCAAAACAAACAAACAAUGUGACACCUGAAUAGAAUCAAUAUAUCAUCAUCGAGUACAAAUAGGCAACACUUCCAGAACAAAACUCAGGUUUUAUUAAGAACAUCACAGCCUCUGUUUGUUUGACAUUGUGGAAAAUCCUGGUAGAUUUCAUCAUGACCUUUCUUUUCGAACGAUUUCAAACGUGCAAAUACUGUGAGGGUAUUUCAUCCGAGAGUGUAUUUUUUUCCUCUGUGCUUUUCUUGAAUCCUGUGUGAACACUGUGGGCCUAAUUUGAUCAAGCCGCCUUAAACAAAUCUCAAAAAGAAAGCAUUUUAAUAUUGCACAAAAAUUGUUAUAGAUACAGACGGUUUGGCCAAGGUUUAAUCUAUUUUGGCACUUUUUUGUAUAAUAAUCGCGUAAGCUUUAACUGCGGUUUGACUGAAUUCAGCCCUGUGAUAGUACUCGGAAACGUGUAACCAUUCAGAAUGUUUGUCUCUGUUCAUAUUUUGUGUAUAUAUAUAUAUAUAUAAGUGCAAUAAUAUGCAUAAUGUGUUAAUGAAAACCGUAUAUUACCUUCAAGUCUUAAUUAUUAGCUGUCAGGUAAACAGAAGGAACGAGAUGCUUUCGGUACUACCUGAGUUACCAGCAAUUUGCUCUUCAUGCUGUUUUAUUUCGACACGCUAACGUUACUCUAUUUAUUUCCACUUCCGUUUACUUGGCAGUGACCAGAUGGGAUGUUGUUGAAUAAUGUUUAGAUUUAUGAAUGAUGCAUUUUAUGUGUAAUGAUCCUAUGAAAGCUUCACUACUCUUCCCAUCCAAUCCCAUGAAUUCCAAGAACAUGUGAAGCCAUUCAGAUUGUUUCCUCUGGGAGAUAAUUCAUUAUUUUAAGUGGCAAAGACUGUACGCGUCUUAAAGAGUUCAACACUCAUGUUAAUUAAAAUGAGCACUAAAAAUCCCACUCAUAGAUCAUGGUUCCCCAUCCACUAGGAAAUAUUCAGAUGAUACCGUUGAAAACUUGACACAUUACUCAAACAGUUUGAUUUGAUUCUUUUAUGUUUUGGGGGUCUACCUAGAAGUUACAGGUGUCUUCCUUUUUCUACCAUAUAUAUAUUUAUAUAUCACUCGUAUAUAUAUAUAUGCCAUAUAUACACUCACCUAAAAGA